CGUGCAUCCGUCUCGGAAUUCCCUUAGACGCGUUAAAAGCCAAAGGAUUACAGAAAUAGAUCAAAUAAUUUCGCAAUGACCGGUCGUAAGGAAAGCAAAAGCUCUGAACCGAAAAAGUCGAAAAAGAAGUCCAAGAAGAACGCUGAGCAGGAGACUGAAGACGAUGGCAAACCCAAAGAAGACAUUAAGCCAGUUAGUUUCGUGAAGAUGUUUCGAUAUGCCACAACGAAAGAUCGUAUACUUUAUUUUAUAGGCUUUCUCGGUGCUAUUGCCACCGGUUUAACGACGCCAGCAAACAGUUUGAUCUUUGGUGAUCUCACAAAUGAUAUGAUUAACUUGAGUGGUCUUCAAGAGCAAGGUACCAGAUAUACGAGAGACGAUGACAAUUCCAAUGCCUUACUCGAUGCCGUGCAGAAAUUCUCGUUAAACAACACGUAUAUUGCCAUUGUGAUGCUUGUUUGCAGUUACAUCUCCGUCACGUGCUUCAAUUAUGCUGCCCACUCUCAAAUUAUGUCCAUUCGAUCCAAGUUCUUCAAGUCUGUGCUGCAUCAGGAUAUGAGCUGGUAUGAUUUUCAUCAGAGCGGAGAAGUCGCCAGUCGCAUGAACGAAGAUCUGUCAAAGAUGGAAGAUGGUUUGGGUGAAAAAGUUGUGAUCUUCAUACAUUUCUUUGUCGCAUUCGUUGGUUCCCUCAUUUUGGCCUUUAUCAAAGGCUGGCAAUUGACAUUGGUUUGUUUGACCAGUCUGCCAAUGACAUUCAUUGCUAUGGGCUUUGUGGCCGUUGCCACAUCCAAACUGGCCAAGCAGGAGGUGAGCAUUUAUGCUAGUGCCGCUGUCGUCGCCGAAGAGGCGCUAUCCGGAGUGCGGACAGUGAAAGCAUUUGAAGGCGAAGCCAAAGAGGUGUCUGCUUACAAAUCAAAAGUGGUUGCAGCUAAGCUGCUGAACAUUAAGCGCAACAUGUUUUCGGGCAUUGGCUUUGGCUUGCUCUGGUUCUUCAUAUAUGCUUCAUAUGCCUUAGCCUUCUGGUACGGCGUUGACUUGGUUAUUAAAGGUCGUCACGAACCCUAUUUUGCCAAUUAUGAUCCUGGCACCAUGAUCACUGUCUUCUUCUCUGUCAUGAUGGGCUCCAUGAGCAUAGGCAUGGGCUCGCCCUAUAUCGAAGCAUUUGGCAUUGCCAAAGGUGCUUGUGCCAAGGUUUUCCACAUCAUCGAACAAGAGCCAACCAUUAAUCCGUUGGAGCCACGCGGCAAACGUUUAAACGAACCCUUGACCAAAAUUGAAUUCCGCGAUGUUGAGUUCCAAUAUCCCACGCGCAAAGAAAUUCCCAUUCUGCAAAAGCUCAAUCUGACGAUUCAUCGUGGCGAAACUGUCGCCUUGGUGGGACCCUCGGGUUGUGGCAAGUCCACGUGCAUCCAGCUGUUGCAGCGUUACUACGAUCCCCAGGGCGGAGACCUCUUCUUCAACGGCCACAACAUCAAGGACAUCAACAUCAAUUGGCUGCGCUCGCGCAUCGGUGUCGUCGGACAGGAGCCCGUGCUCUUUGGCCAGUCGAUCUACGAGAACAUUCGCUAUGGUCGUGAAGAUGCUACCAGGGAAGACAUCGAGGCAGCGGCUGCUGCUGCCAAUGCUGCCGUCUUCAUCAAGAAAUUGCCCAAGGGCUACGAUACGUUGGUGGGCGAACGAGGUGCUCAGUUGUCCGGCGGACAGAAGCAACGUAUUGCCAUUGCUCGAGCUUUGAUUCGUGAUCCGGAAAUUCUUCUUCUCGAUGAGGCUACCUCCGCUCUGGACACAGCUAGUGAGGCCAAAGUGCAGGCUGCGCUGGAGAAGGUCAGCAAGGGACGCACCACCAUUAUUGUGGCCCAUCGUUUGUCCACUGUUCGACGUGCCGAUAAGAUUGUGGUCAUCAACAGUGGACAAAUUGUCGAAUCCGGGACUCAUCAGGAACUGAUGAUGCUGAAGAAUCACUACUUCAAUCUGGUGACCACACAGAUGGGUGACGAUGAUGGCAGUGUGUUGAGUCCCACCGGAGACAUCUACAAGAACUUUGACAUUAAGGAUGAAGACGAUCAGGAGAUUAAGAUCUUGCAUGAGGAAGAGGAGGAAGAAAAGGAAACGACUAAUAAGAAGAAAAAGAAGGAGAAGGAACCAUCGCCCAUUAGGCGUGCGAUGGGGUUGAAUAAACCCGAAUGGGUUCAAAUCACUAUUGCCUGUAUCAGCUCUAUCAUCAUGGGUUUUGCCAUGCCCGUGUUUGCUCAGCUUUUCGGCAGCAUCAUUCAGGUGAUGCAAUCCCCGGAUGAUGAUUACGUUCGCGAAAAUACCAACAUGUAUAGCUUGUACUUUGUGAUCGCUGGCAUUGUUGUCGGCAUCGCUACAUUUAUGCAGAUCUAUUUGUUUGGCGUUGCCGGCGAAUGUCUAACUGAACGUUUGAGAGGACUGUUGUUUGAGGCAAUGCUAAAACAGGAAGUUGCCUGGUUCGACGAUCGUGCCAAUGGCACUGGCAGUCUCUGUGCUCGCUUAUCUGGAGAUGCUGCAGCCGUACAGGGGGCCACAGGUCAGCGCAUUGGUAGCAUUAUCCAAUCGGUUGCCACGAUUGUCUUGGGCAUCGCCUUGGCCAUGUACUACGAAUGGAGCUUGGGUUUGGUAGCGAUUGCUUUUAUGCCCUUUAUUCUCGUCUCGUUCUAUCUGCAAGACAAAUUAAUGGAGCAGGAGAAUAUGGGCAAUGCCAAGAUUCUGCAGGAUACAACCAAAUUGGCCGUUGAAGUGGUGUCCAAUAUACGCACUGUCGUUUCAUUGGGUCGUGAAGAUAUGUUCCACAGGAAUUAUGUUGUUAUGUUAACACCUGCUGUAGAGAAAUCGAAGAGGAACACUCAUUUCCGAGGAGUUGUCUAUGGUCUGGCCAGAUCCAUAAUGUUCUUUGCCUAUACAGCUUGCAUGUACUAUGGUGGUUGGCGUGUGGUCAAUCGUGGCAUGCUCUUUGGUGACGUCUUCAAAGUUUCCGAGGCUCUGAUCAUGGGCACUGCAUCGAUUGCCAGUGCCUUGGCCUUUGCACCAAACAUGCAAAAGGGUGUUACCGCAGCUAAGUCUAUUCUAAAGUUCCUUGAUCGUAAACCUCUCAUUGCCGACAAGCCGGGUGUCUCCAUGAAACCAUGGCACUCCAAUGGCAAUGUGCUCUUCGAUAAAGCUGAGUUCAGCUAUCCCACACGUCGGGAGAUUCAAGUGCUCAAGGGCUUGAUACUUGCGGUGCGAAAUGGUCAAAAGGUAGCCUUGGUGGGUCCAUCAGGUUGUGGGAAAUCCACUUGUAUUCAACUACUGCAGCGAUUCUACGAUGUGGACGCUGGUUCCGUUCAGAUCGAUGAACAUGAUCUUCGCGAGUUGUCCAUAUCUAAUCUGCGCAUGCAAUUGGGAAUUGUGUCACAAGAACCGAUUCUUUUUGACCGCACCAUUCGCGACAAUAUUGCGUAUGGUGAUAACUCUAGAAUCGUGACGGAUCAGGAGGUUAUUGAGUCGGCAAAGAAGUCAAAUAUUCAUCAAUUCAUUGCAGCCUUACCCCUGGGCUACGAAACACGCAUGGGUGAGAAGGGCACACAGUUGUCCGGAGGACAGAAGCAACGUAUUGCCAUUGCACGUGCACUUAUCCGUAAUCCUAAAAUCCUUCUGCUGGACGAGGCUACUUCAGCUUUGGACGCCGAAAGUGAAAAGAUCGUUCAAGAGGCCUUGGAUGCUGCCGCUGAAGGACGGACCACCAUUAGCAUAGCCCAUAGAUUGUCCACAGUCAUCGACUCGGAUAUCAUCUACGUGUUCGAGAACGGUGUCGUCUGUGAGAGCGGCACCCACAAAGACCUACUUCAGAAUCGUGGUCUCUACUACACACUGUACAAAUUACAAACAGGCGCUGCGUAAAUACUCGUCGUCUAGUUAAAACUCUUACGCUUAUUUGAAACUUCGAUCAAUGUUAAACUAGUAUUAUACAAUUUAAAAACGUUAUUAGCACUUAAGACCAAAGUUAACGACAUGCUAAAACAUAAAAGUAUAAAUAAAACCGAAGGUAAAAACUUAAAUAUAUUACA